CGUUCUCUGUUUCCCGCCAUUUUUUAUUCCCGCCCUCUGAAGCUGGUAAAAUCCCCUUCUCUCCCCUUGAAACCCUAGUUUCGCAAUGGACGCCGAAAUCAAAGCCGAGUUCGAGAGGAACGGUUUCUUGUUUCAAGAAGAAGAAGAGCAGAUCCUUCAGAAAUGUCUGAGCAUGUGCAUCAAUUACAGUCUCAGCCCUUCGGAUCUGGUCUCCAACUGGGAGAUUUACUAUCUCAACAGGCAACUAAGCGGAUUAGUGUUAGAAAGCUCUCACAUGGAUGGUUUAUUAUUGUAUAUUCAGAAUGAUAUGAAGGAAAAACUCAUCAAGGAGGAACCUCAUUUGCAUAUCUACUCAAGUAAUGAUGUUGACAUGCUUCUAAAUGAUGAACAUGAUAGUAACAAAGAAGACAACUUUGAAUCACCCAGCUGUUUGCAUGAAAGGCCAUUUUCAGAGACAUCUAACGGAUCAUCAACGCCCACAACGAAUGAAAAGCCUUCAUCUUCAAAGAACUCGAAAAUAAUCAACGAUCGUAUAACUCCAUUUGGACAACGAAUAAAUAAAUUUGUAUCACAAUUUACUUUCAAUACUCAGAAUCAGGUGACUCAAUCAAGAAGUCAAGAGCUUGAAAAUGAAGAUGAUGAUGUCAUUAGAAGAGUACAACCAGGUGAAAGAUGCUCUUUGCACAUUCAUAGUUCACAGCCAGAACCAGGUUGCAGGUUCAUGUUUGACAGAGUCGAAGAUCGGUUUAAUUAUCUUGAGAACCGCAUUAAAAGACAUGCUCUCGCAUAUGCUGCAUCUGGACUGCAUGGAGAAGUCACUGAUGCCACAUUGGCGUCACAGAACAGUAUGUUUGCCGUGGGCAUGGUUUGUAGUGAUGGGGAAGGUUGUCUUAAUGGGAAGUCUAUCCUAUUACAAGGAAGUGUUGAGCAUUCUGGAGGGCAGCGUGUGCGUCUUGAUCUCGAGAAAUUAGACCAAUUUUCGUUAUUUCCUGGUCAGGUCAUUGGCAUUGAGGGCCAUAAUCCUAGUGGACACUGUUUGAUUGCAUCAAAAGUGAUUGAUUUGAUGCCUUAUUCUGAUGUCACCAGUCUGCCUCCAGCAAAAAGGCAAGCCAUAGACCAUCAACCAAAUUCUGAGCCUAGUAUGUUGAGAAUGCUAUCAAUGGUUAUUGCAGCUGGUCCUUUCACAACUAUAGAUAAUCUAUUGUUUGAGCCUUUGACAGAAUUGCUAGCAUAUGCAAGGAGAAGACAACCCCAGCUGCUUAUUUUGAUGGGACCUUUUGUCGACUCUGAGCACCCAGAGAUUAAAAAGGGAACUGUUGACAGAACCUUCGAUGAGAUAUUUCAUGUAGAAAUCAUUAGAAGGUUGCAAGACUACACUGAAUUUAUGGGUUCUUCUGCUCGUGUGAUUCUCAUGCCAUCUACACGUGAUGCUAACCAUGACUUCGUUUUUCCUCAGCCUGCGUUUGAUAUCCAUCUGCCAGAGGGUAUGAAGAAUCAGAUAGCUUUUCUUACAAACCCCGUCCUUUUCAGUGCAAAUGAGAUCACAGUUGGUUGCUGCACUGUGGAUAUUUUGAAACAGCUUAGUAGUGAGGAGAUUUCACGAAAACCAGCUGGUGCCCAUGGAGAUCGUAUUGGACGUCUUGCAGCUCACUUACUAAACCAACACAGCUAUUAUCCUCUAUAUCCACCGUUCGAGAGUGUUCCUUGGGAUCUUUCCCUUUCACCCGAAGCAUUAGAAAUCCCCUCAAUCCCAGAUCUCCUGUUGCUUCCCUCAGAUCUUGCUACAUUUGUAAAGGUCUUGACCAUUGGAGAAGGAAACGAAGGAGAAACAAUCAAAUGCAUUUGUGUGAACCCUGGAAGAUUAUCCAAGGGCAUCGGCGGGGGUACAUUUGUCGAGAUUAACUACAAUGGAGAUCCCGAAAGCACAAAUGCAUCAGUCAUCCGCAUAUAGAUUUUCAAAGGGACUUGUAGUUUGGCUUGUUUGCCGAUAAUUUACCUCCUGCCUCAUCUGAGUAGAUCAAAGUGAAGAUGCCCUUUCAUAUCAAAGUUGAGUGGUAUUGACCCAUGAUAUAUACCAAAUAUUCUAGAAGGUUUCGAUUUCUGUACUUCAGAUCUCUAUGGUGUACAAUGGUUUGAUUUGGCCCUAAGGCCUAGUCCUAUCUAUAUAAAAGAGGAGAAAAGAUGGGGUAUUAAGGUAUGGGAAGCUACUAGGAACAGGUGGACGACUAGAGUCACUCUCCAGUUAUGUAAGUUUAGAUUCUUCACUUACUGGAAACCUAAGAUUACACAAUAAUUUCCUUUUUGUAUGACAAAUAAAAUGUCUGACAAAAUGACUUCUUGAAGGAGACUCAAGAUAAUGCCUCACUCUCCAGUUAUGUAAGUUUAGAUUCUUCACUUACUGGAAACCUAAGAUUACACAAUAAUUUCCUUUUUGUAUGACAAAUAAAAUGUCUGACAAAAUGACUUCUUGAAGGAGACUCAAGAUAAUGCCUCACUCUCCAGUUAUGUAAGUUUAGAUUCUUCACUUACUGGAAACCUAAGAUUACACAAUAA